UAGAUUAGACGAACCGAUCAGCAGAGGCGGAUGAAGUGCAUACAGUCAGUCAUCAAGUUAAACUAGAAAAUAAUUAGUCUAACGUCAUCAUAGGGAUUUACAUUUUUAAGUAUAUUUAGCUAAGGCUACCGGCGACGCUUCCAUCUCUGUCCACCACCUAUCAUGACUUCACUAGGAAGCACCAGUUCCUCCUCCACAGAGUAUGUCGUCAGAGUCCCAAAAAACACCAGUAAGAAGUACAGCAUCAUGGCCUUCAACUCUGGGGAUAAAGUAAACUGUUCUACCUGGACCCAGGCCCGCAUGGAGAGGGACAUGAGUAACAGGAGGAUGUACGGAGAGGAGGAGACUCCGGAAGGUGCGGCGGGCAGCGAGUUUGGCAAGAAGCAGCGGGAGGAGGCGCGAAGGAAGAAGUUUGGGAUCAUCACACGGGAGUUCAAGGUGGAGGAUCAGCCCUGGAUCCUCAGGGUCAAUGGCAAAGCAGGGAAGCGGUUCAAAGGUCAGAAGAAGGGCGGAGUGACAGAGAACGCCUCCUACUACAUUUUCACACAGUGUCCUGAUGGGGCUUUCGAGGCCUUCCCAGUCCAUGGAUGGUACAACUUUGUCCCCCAGGCGAAGCACCGCACGCUUACUGCUGAGGAGGCAGAGGAGGAGUGGGGCAGGAGGAACAAGGUGGUGAACCACUUCAGCAUCAUGGUGCAGAGACGCCUUCGGGAACCAGAGCGAGGGGACGACGACGACGACGAGGGGGAGAAGGGAGGCAAGAAGAAGAAGAAGAAGAAGGGAGGAAAAGGAGGGGACCUGCGCAUCACCGACCUGGAGGACGACCUGGAACUGAGCAGUGACGAGAGCGACAGUAGCAUGGGAGAUGAUGUGGAUGCCAAGAAGGCCAAAAAAGAAAAGGCUGCGAAGGCCAAAGGAAAGAAGAAGAAGAAGAAGAGGAAAGGAAGCGACAACGAGGCCAUAGAGGAUAGUGACGAUGGGGACUACGAAGGUCUGGAGGUGGACUACAUGUCUGACGAGAGCAGCUCAGAAGAGGAGGUAGAGAAGACCAACAAACACGGCAAAGAGGAUGUCCCUAAAGGAAUCGAUGAGGCAUCUGAAAGUGAAGAGGAGAGCGAGGAAGAAAAACAAAAUGAGGAAGAAGGGAAAGAGGAAGAGGAAGAAGAGGAUGGAAAAAAGACACCAGUCCAGGUGGAGAAAAAAAAGAAAAAAGACAGCAGUGGGGAGUCAGAGAGCUCAGACGACAGCGACAUUGAAGGAGAAUCGGCAUCUGCACUCUUUAUGGCGAAGAAGCGCACCCCGCCUAAGAGGGGAGGUGGUCGUGGCUCUGGGGGUAGCUCCAGGACUGGCAGUCGCCCCGGGACACCAUCCAUAGACUCCGCCUCCACAUCCAACACUCUCCGUGCUGCAGCCAGCAAACUAGAGCAAGGAAAGAGACAGCCAGCAGGUCCAAGCUCAGACACACCUGCUGCCAAGAGGCUGAAGAUGGAGCCCAACAGCCAGAGCCCUGCCCCCUCAGGGAAGAGCACCCCUCAGCCCCCCUCUGGCAAAUCCACUCCCAGCACCAGCGACGUGCAGCUGACAGAGGAAGCCGUGCGCCGCUACCUGAUUAGGAAGCCCAUGACGACCAAAGACCUGCUGAAGAAGUUCCAGACCAAGCGUACAGGCCUAAGCAGCGAGCAGACGGUCAACGUGCUGGCCCAGAUCCUCAAGCGGCUCAACCCAGAGAGGAAGAACGUCAACGACAAGAUGCACUUCUACCUCACCGAGUGAACCUAAGGAUGGAGGGGGAGACACAGGACAAUUGUUCAUCUGCUUGCCCUUUCCGAGGAAGUGGAAGCAGGAUAAGAUAUUCCUGUUUAGUUUUUUUCUAAGAUAGGGAACAAGUUCUAACUAAAAUAAAUAAAUACCAAUUUCCUUCUCCUAAAUAAUGUUCAAACGACAUUGCUUUAAGCAUUCUGGGUUUGAAACAAAAAGCGGGGUGUUGGAGAGGAAGGUAGAAACUGGGAGAACAGGUGCUAUUGGAGAUUCUGUGGGGUCUAGUCAAGCAGUUAACAAGGCGAUUUGCAAAAUAUGAAAAUACUUUUCCAUGAACUGAACUGGUAACUCCACAAUCAAACAGAUCCAUAUAAUCCUUAUGAAACACAUUUUUUGGAACUGACUUUGCAAAGGAUAUGCUAUUGUUUUUGUAGUUGUUUUUGAUUGUUUGAAUUUUGUAAUAAAAGAUACACUGUUACUGA